CCAAAGCAUAGAUUAUACACUAUAAAGCUUAAAUCAAAUUGGUGAUUUAAAAUAAAACACAUUUUUUAUUAUUAUUUAAUUUUUCUCUAUUUUAGCACAUAAUGGCUGACACAACUGGGAAAGAGCAAUCAGUUACUAAAGUGCCAAUGAUAUAUGUUUGUGGAGAAUGUCACAAAGAGAAUGAAAUCAAACCAAGAGAUCCUAUUAGGUGCAGAGAAUGUGGUUACAGAAUAAUGUACAAGAAAAGAACAAAAAGAUUGGUUGUGUUUGACGCUCGGUAAACGAAUUCUGGAAACAAAACCCUAGAAGAUAAGUUCGGUGGAUACAUCAUGCACAGAAGAGUGAAAUAAAUUUAUAAUAAGGUUAA